AUGAGUAGUUUUCUUCUUCGACAUGUAAAAUUAACACAACCUCAAUUAGCAUUAAUGCUUCAACAUCAAUGUCGAGUAGAAGCUUCAACAUCAUCAAGUGCCUCUAUUGUUCAACAUACUCCAGUAGUAUUAGAUAAUACAAAACCACCUCCACCAUUAGAUGCUGAUCGUAUGCGUAUGCAUCCACGUAUUGGUAAUCGUGAAAUAGUUGGUUAUGGUUUAAAAGGUAAACCAGAAUAUUUUGAUUUGGUUAUGUUUCCUUGUCCAAGUAUUCGUUGGGAAGCUGAUAUACCGGCAAUUGCUGAAUUAAGAAAAAAAGAAAAAGGUGAUUGGAAACAAUUAUCUGUUGAAGAUAAGAAAAAAUUAUAUCGAGCAAGUUUCCGUCAAACAUUUGAAGAAUUUACAGCUCCAAGUGGUGUUUGGAAAUGGACAAUGGGUUGGACUUUAAUUUCAUUAGCAGGUCUCAUUAUGGCUUAUGAUGCAUGGAGACGUGUUGCUUAUAAUAUUGAGAGACCCGAUAGUUUUAGUGAUGAAAAAUUGAAGAAACAAUUACAAUACCAUAUUGCUGCUCGUCAAGGUCCUAUGACUGGUCUUUCAUCUAAAUGGGAUUAUGAAACUGGUACAUGGAAAAAAUAA